ACUUUCCGAGAUGAAGACAGGCAACAUCAACAUCUUGCCCGGAGAGGAAAGAGCGUGAAAAUUCCGUCGCUUUGUUCGGAUUCCUUUUCAGUUUGUAAAAUCGCCUCGUACGGCUCGGAAGUUGCCCGGACGGAAAACUCCACGGAACGGAACGGAACGGAAAGAAAGAAAACAGAAGAAGAAGGAGUGUGUGAGAGUGGCGGGCCCCUUACAAUACAAAAAAAGAAAAGUGAAAAGAAAAGAAAAAAAUUAUAUCGAGAAGAAAGUGUAGUGCCGUUGUGUUAAAUUCCUCUGUUUUUUAGUUUUUCCCCCGCCCUAUUUUCCAAAGCCCCGCGAAACAAUUACUGUUAUUCAGUUAGCAGUGGAAAAUCUCGGAAUCGAAAGUAUGUUUAUUGGCAGAGCGCACCGACCCCGCAGAAUGAGAGAAUAGCGCCAUGUUGUCCAAUCCAGCCCCAACCUAGUGAGUAGCUCAAGGCCCAGGGCUAAGCAUUCCGAGGAUGCUUUGGGUCUGCUCCUAACAUCUAGUCGAAUAAUUGCAAGUGGGAGUUCAAGGGAUUGUGGAGUGGACAGUGGAUCAGACGAGGUCAGGAGUGUGGAGUGUGUGAGUGAGGUGCCUUGCCAGCUGCGGGGCACGGAGAACUGCUAAAAUCGUGGGCAAGGAUAACGAAAAACAUUCAGGUUGGCCAACAUUAAAUACAGUUUGGAAUAAACCACAAACAAAACGCACAAGAGUACUCAAGAAAAUACUUUAAAGACUUUUAGGUUUUGUGUUAUUUUAUUUGAAAAUCAAAAAUAUUCAAACAUACUUUGAUUAUGAUUUUGAGUUUGAGUUUGUUUAGUUGAGAAAAUGACUUAUAUACCUAAAAAAAUGCAACACUAUGCGCAUGCAGCCAUGAAUCUGAUCAACAUGGACUCGGAGAACCGUGUGGUGCUCAAUGUGGGUGGCAUCCGGCACGAAACCUACAAGGCCACGCUGAAAAAGAUUCCGGCUACGCGAUUAUCCCGGCUAACAGAGGCCCUAGCCAACUACGAUCCGAUACUGAAUGAGUACUUCUUUGAUCGGCAUCCGGGCGUCUUCGCACAAGUGCUCAACUAUUACAGAACCGGUAAGCUGCAUUAUCCCACAGAUGUGUGCGGACCGCUGUUCGAAGAGGAACUGGAGUUUUGGGGUCUAGACUCGAAUCAAGUGGAACCCUGCUGUUGGAUGACCUACACACAGCAUCGUGACACACAGGAGACCCUAGCCGUGCUGGAUCGUCUCGAUCUGGAUACGGAAAAACCGUCCGAAGAGGAAUUGGCACGUAAAUUUGGCUUCGAAGAGGACUACUACAAAGGCACUAUAUCCUGGUGGCAGGAGAUGAAGCCGCGCAUUUGGUCCUUGUUCGAUGAGCCUUAUAGUUCAAAUGCAGCCAAGACUAUUGGCGUGGUUUCGGUGUUCUUCAUCUGCAUCUCGAUCCUGUCGUUCUGCCUGAAGACCCAUCCGGAUAUGAGGGUGCCCAUUGUCCGGAAUGUGACAGUUCGAACUGCGAACGGAACUGCCGGCUGGUUUCUGGACAAGACACAGACCAAUGCGCACAUAGCCUUCUUCUACAUUGAAUGCGUUUGUAAUGCCUGGUUUACCUUUGAGAUAUUGGUACGCUUUAUCUCAUCGCCGAACAAGUGUGAAUUCAUCAAGUCAUCUGUUAACAUCAUAGAUUAUAUAGCGACGCUUAGUUUUUAUAUCGAUCUAGUGCUUCAGCGAUUCGCAUCGCAUUUGGAGAACGCUGACAUCCUCGAGUUCUUCUCCAUUAUCCGGAUAAUGCGACUCUUUAAGCUGACGCGCCAUUCGUCCGGUUUGAAGAUCCUCAUCCAGACGUUCCGGGCCUCGGCCAAGGAGCUGACCCUGCUGGUGUUCUUCCUCGUCCUGGGCAUCGUGAUCUUCGCCAGUCUCGUCUACUAUGCGGAGCGCAUCCAACCGAAUCCGCACAACGACUUCAACAGCAUCCCUCUCGGUCUCUGGUGGGCUCUGGUCACCAUGACCACUGUGGGCUACGGAGACAUGGCCCCCAAAACCUAUAUAGGGAUGUUUGUGGGCGCACUAUGUGCCCUCGCCGGUGUACUAACCAUCGCACUGCCAGUGCCCGUCAUCGUCAGCAACUUCGCCAUGUACUAUUCGCACACGCAGGCCCGCGCCAAACUGCCAAAGAAGCGGAGACGAGUGCUUCCCGUCGAACAGCCGCGACCGCCGCGAUUGCCAGGUGCCCCUGGCGGUGUUAGUGGUUGUGGCACCCCGGGCUCUGGUCCACAUUCCGGUCCCAUGGGCUCCGGCGGCACUGGACCACGUCGCAUGAACAAUAAAACGAAGGACCUGGUCAGCCCCAAGUCAGUUGCUCAACUUUUCACAGGUCCAUUGGGCGCAAGUAUUGUGGCCAUGAGUCCCAGGACAAUGCUGGACUUGAAUCCUGCCCUGGCAAUGGGAAAACCGAAUUUCCAGCCCCGUUUUCCCACUCCACUGGCCGCCACGCCACCCGUUGUAAGUGCAGGAGACACUGCACCGUCUGUAGCACCACCGGUGAUCCCAGUGCCCAGCAUCGCUGUCUCCACUCUGGGCAAGGAUUCUGGCAUCUCCACCAGCACGACCACGGCGACCACCAACAGCGGCAACCUGGAGACCAGCAAGAAGGCCUUCCUCUAAAGAAUACGAAAGCGUUUAUUAAAAGGCAGCCAAGACUCAAGCCACCUGAUAUCUAUCUAUGUUUCCCCAAUCCUCCCAAUAAGCAAUAUCUACUCAAUAUCAUAGCCUUCGCAUACGUAUAUGAAUUACAUAUUUCAGAGAUGGCAGCUAUCAUUGAUCGUAGAUCAUAAUUUUGUUUAAAUCAUAUCACGAAAUCGAAUAAUCGAAUCAAAAUGAGUAAUAUAUCUACUUUAUUUAUAAGAUGGCAAUGGAUCGGAAUUCAGAUCGGUAUUUAUUUUAUUCGUAUACGAUUUUAAACACAUAUCAUAUCAAGUUUAAUUGGAGUUUAAUUCAAUUGUAAAGAUAUAUUUUUUAAUUUAAGAAAAGGAAGCAAUAUGUUACACCUGGCAAUAUUUUAAAAAUUUAUUAAAAGAACACCAAACGAUCCAGCCAUCUCUGUUCGAUUUAAACCCCUUGAAUCAAAACACUUACUUUCGACCAUAUCAUAUCAUAAAACCUAUCACAAUAUCGAACCUAUAGAUAAUCCCAGCUAAAAUAUAGAUAAUACAAUUGCUUGACGAACCAUUUUACCAUUGAGAGCUAACCAAGACAGAAACAAACAAGUUUUAUGAGCCAUUCACAAAAUGUUUUUACCAAAAAAAUAAUAAUUAUACAAAAAUAUAACGCAAAUGCUUACUAACGAUCCAAUUUUUUUACAUAAGCCAUAGGAGAUAAUGAAUCGAACGAUAAUGUAUAUAAAUCUAGAUGCUUUAUAACUCGGUUUGCCAGUUCCUUAUGCGUUGUGUAAAGACUCGACUGGCCCCAGUUGUUGUGGGGCCCAGUUCGGUUCGGUUUAAAGGCUUUAAUUUGAUGUAUUUACAAAUGGAAACUCCAAGAACUCAAACUCAAGCGAUUAGAGAAGCUUUAGCAGUUGUCUAAUUAAACAGAAGCCAAUCAAAAGUACACUCAUCCUCACGGAACUCACGAAAAAAAAAAUGGUAUUCAAGACAGGCACGUUUUUUAACUUAAACUUUUUCAAGGAACUAAAUAUGGGAAAGGUGUAGGAAAUUCUUCGUUUUCUUCGUCAAUCAAAACAAGUGAAAAACGGAAAAGUUUUCCCAAAAGAAACUUGGAACUUGGAAGGGGAACAAGAAAAACAAACGAAAAUGCUCCAACUGUUGGCACUUUUCGCUCAUCACUCACUUACAUGCCGAGAUUACUGGGGUAAGCUGGUAAGAAAGAAUAGCAUCUUAUAUUUUUCCAACCUGAGCUAAAGGGGACGGAGGAAUUUCAACGAGUUGAAAUGCAAAUUAUUUCUGUUAAAUUUUGUUUGCUGCUGUUUCCGUAGAAAAUGCAAAGGUAAACAAAGAAUUCCUUACAGUUUCGUUCAGUUAACUUGAAUUUGCUAAAAAGUUUACACACACAUUGCUGUGGGGUUAAGUGGAGGGAUAGGAAUUAAAUUAAAUAAAACAAAGAAAAUAAAGAUAACUCGGUUGCGUUCGCGUGGUUCUUCAAAAAAACAAACAAAACAUCUUUGAAAAUUGUUUACCCCGAUUUUCGUUUGAUUUAACUUUCGCAAAGUCAUUAGCUAAUUCUCUUGUACAUUUUGAAAAUACAUACAUAUAUCUCAGCAAAGCAUUAUGCCUAAAUAUUUAUAAGCCUAAACAUAAUAAUUACUAAGAACAAACAUUGAAACAAAAAUACAAAAAAUUACACAAAUAAAUGAUUGAUAAAAAAAGAAGCAACUUUAAGAUCGAACGAUGGGCAACA